AUGGAGUUGAAUUUUGGGCUGAGCAUGAGGCUAAUCUGUGUCACUCAUUUCCGGGAAUUUACAGGUUACAGUCCAGAGUACAUCGACGAAGUGCUCCACAAGAAGAAAGCCGAGCGUGCAACGCUGGCCAUCGACCUGCAUCGUCCGACCUACAUCAAAGUCAACCGCAAGUAUCUCCUCCCGGACACGCUUGAUCAUUAUGGGUUGCCUUGGGAAUGGGAUCCGCGCGACGAGGAAUUCAUCAUCAUCAAGAAAUACAUCGAUCACUCCCUGCAGGACGAGCUGUUCGAGCACACGCGCAAGAUCAAGGAGCGGAAACUCAUCACGGGCCCGUACAUCAAGGAGACCAAGACGAUCACGACGCUCACGCCCAACGACCACGGAUUCGUGAAGAAGGGAGACAAAUUGUACGUGGUUCGGGAGAAGAGCAAGAGCCGCAGUCCCUCUGGGAAGCGGACGAGCUGGAUGUUUACUUGA